AUAAUUUCGCGCGCGGUUAUUUAUGGCGGGAAACUGCUGGUGAUGGGUAGAUCGUAAUCAAUCUGAUUUUAAUCAUAAUCGAAUACUACAAGCGUCGAAAGCACGAUUCAUCGAGGUUGAUUAAUGUUAUAAUUGAUACAAUCAUAAUUACGGUAAAGAAUUACUUGUUUCAUCACAUAUUCGAAUUGUGAUUUCUGAUUGAGUAUAAAUAACCUAACCUGAGGCACAUAUAGUUAUUAGUCCAUAUCGUCGCAUUAUGCAAAAGUACAAUAUAUCAUAUCGAUAAUACGAUAAUUACAUCAAAUAAACUUUGCAGAAUUAUAGCUUCAUGCAUAUUAAACAUAUAAUAUCGAGAAUUAUCGAGAAAUCAAAUUAUUGAGAAUAAACAUUUAUAUGCAAAUAAGUACGUAAUGUCAGAGGUGCCGAAAAAAGUCUCGAAGGUUAUUUGUUAUAUUAUUAUUAAGCAGAGAACGCUUUUUCCUUUUUUGUAAUGGAUGGCGUAUCGCGGAUUUGCUUUCAUGAUCGUUUCUCAGGACUCAGCGGGAUCGAUAUAAGCGGCAGGGGUCGUCGAUCGGAAGGUGGUGCCACCUGUAGCACCUGUCCACGCCAGGUGAGGAUAAAGAGAAGGAUCGGCAACAGCGUGAAAUUCAGUUGAGCCGACACUGUGGGACACGCGUGUGCGUUAUGCGGUUGCCUCGUAAAUUACGUUGAACUCGAGCGUCCGGGUUGCGGUGUCAAAAGCGCUGCGAGAGGGAGAAAGAGAGAUGCGCCGAUGAUCGGGAGAUCUACGGAGAAAAAACGGCGUAUCCCAAGAAGACUGCUGAGUUACAAGUUUGCCGUUUUAUUUCACGAAAGACUCGACGAACGGAGAGACGUACACGCUGCGGCGGUGCGGCGGAACGAGAUGCGAACGAUGCCGAAGCGAUGCAGUUGACACAUUGUGACAUCUCACGUGGUGAAAAAGCGCGUGUCUCCAAGAAACCAUUAAGAAGUCCCGACAUCAAGCGAUACUCGAGGUGGAUUCUGAAGCGUCGACGUUUCAGAAUUUCGAGGAAUCGCGCACAAUAACACCGAUUAAAAACAAGAAAGCAAAGAUUAUUUUGCGACAACAUUAUUGAAGUGUACGUGAAAGGAACGUUGUCCUAUCGUCGAGAGAAACUUCUAAGGUGACAAUUAAAGAGAAGAAUCCUUCUUCACACGCGUUGUUUUUACGCCAGAAUAUACGUUGUAUAAUAAAAGAUCGUGAUGAUAACUACGGUAAAUUGCAUUCUGCAAUCUACCACCUGUGGCUUCUGAUAUCUCAUCAGAUAUAGAGGAAAAGUACCGCGAAAAUCCGUCGCGAUUUUCAGUUCGAGAUUAACGCUAAGCCUUUAUUUUUAAAGAGCACUCUCUUUCCAUUAACUCAGACAGAUGUACUCCGUUAAUAGCAAAGGACUGUCUUGAUUGUAUUCACACAUUUAAAAGAACCAAUUCAGUAAAGUGGAGAGGAAAAUGUCGAGUACCGUCUGCGAUUUACAAAAUACAUGGAAGAUCCGCUAAAAAACGACGAACUAUAGCGACGAGGAAACGCUCAUUCUGAUAAAUGAAAGUCGAAAGUGAGUCCUUUCAAAGUCGAGAUCAGCUAGUUCCUAUUCAAAGAUUGGUGGACAAAGAUCUGCCGUGAAAUCAACGCGAAACGAAAGUGAUCUCGGAUGAUCGCGCGAAAAAGGAGAAUCGUUUCCGAAGAACAAUUUGGAAAGCACGCCGUGGAUAUCCUCCAUCGAAAGAUCGUGUAACGAUCGGGUUUAAGAGCGUUUCCUUUUUUUUUUCUGUCGAAAACCGUGGAAGGUAAUUCACGAAAAACGGCGAACCUCUACGGGGUUCAUUACGCGAACUCGUACGCGUACAGCAACGGCGCACCGAGCGUGUACACCAGCACCGGUUGUUGCACAAACGGUGGUUACAACGUGCAUCAAUCGCAGCUCCACGAGGAUUACCGGCCGAUCUACUUUUACGUCGCGCAGCCCUACACGAUCCCGUAUACUUUCGCCAAAAGACCGAAGCCUGCAGCCUCGUCAUCAUCGUUGCUAAGGGCAGCUAAGCCUCGCGGCAACAAUUGCCGCGUCAAGUUCUCCAAGGGGCUCAGUAACGCCGACUUCUCGCAGAAGGUCAAGCAGGGCGAGUUCUCCCGGAGUCUGAAUCAGGUGCACUUCGCGGAGAAUCAGGGUCAAGUGCUCGCGGGCUACCCGAAAACUGGACCCUCUCGUGAUCCAAGAAUGACGUCGAUGUUUCGAAGAGGCACGAUCUUUGCGACCUUCUUUCUGUCAUUGCUGGGUGGCGGACUCGUCUGUGCCGCCCUUGUGACGCAGCACUGGGUCGAGGCGCGACCUUGGAGAACGCCGAACCCCCAGGAAAGCGCCGGCAGAGUUCACUUUGGUCUGCUGCAAGGCAAGAAGGAAUUAAACGUCGCUUACGGAUGGAGGACAUAUCACGUGUCUGUUCCUCAAAUGAUCCGGCAGGAUCCAUCAGUGAUGUCCUGGGCCCUUUGGAUCGGUACCCUAACAACAACUUCGGCUGCCUUGGUAGCGGCAGCACUCGCUGCACUUUUGGCAGUUUUAAAUACAGCUACUUCACCAAGAUCGAAGAUUCUAUCCAUUCCUGGUGUAUACUUUAUAAAUAUGUUAACACUGUUAAUGUGCUUAGUUAGCACUUGUACUUGGUUAGCGCAGUAUUACACAAGACUGUAUGUCAAUGUGCUUCCAAAGGAGGACAUUGACAAUAUGUGGACCAGCGAGGGGUCUGCUGAACUUGGCUAUUCGUUUUGGCUCGUUGUUAGCGCUGGUGUUGUACACUUUAUUAGCAUAGCUCUAAUUGGCUGGGGAUCCGGCAGAGAAAAAGAUGAUCGUCUGGAACCGAUACCCGCGCUUGAGGAGAAAACAGCUGCAGCGAUAAUGUUAUACUAAACGUUGAUUAAGAAUGUUUCAUAAAAUACAGCAGACUACAAUUCAAUUAAGAGAAACUAAAGUGAAUUAAAGAAAAAUUUUAAAAUUUAGGACAUCUACACCUGAGACCUUGAGACCGAACAAAAGUUAUUUAAAUAGAGAUUAAACAAUAAUACAAUUUGGUUCUCGUAGAUUAGAUUUGUGCUUCGCACAAUUUCUAAGCAUCUGUCCUAAAUAAAUUGUAAUCAUUCGCCUAGAUAUGAUUCAUUUGCAACAAAUAUUAAAAUUUUGUUUAAAAUUAGAGCGUAAGUUUGACGUAAUAGAUAUAAGUAUACUCUUUGAUCCUGAAACGCGUUAAUAAAGAACAAUACUUGCCGUAACGAGCUAAGAGCUUAAAUGUAUACCGCCUAUGUAUACAUAGGCAUAUAAUACAUACAUUUUGCCGUAUUUUUUAUAUAUUGACUGAUUGCAUCAAUUCGCAAUAUUCAUGGAGUUCCCAAGCAAUAAUCGAUGAAUUUAUGACGAACGUGCAUUUUGCACAGAACAGUGAUUGAUUAUGGUUAUAAAUGAUUGCUCGCUUUAUAUGAUAUAAAAACAUAGAAAACUUUGAGCAUGGAAAAACGCUUUAUUUAACUUGAUCUAUACAUUAUACUUUUUAUUAAUAAGGCCGCAAUCUAGACAAUUAUCCUUUGAGACUUCCUUUAAUAGAUUUAUACAUAUAUAUAUAUAUAUAUAUAUAUAUAUAUAUAUAUAUAUAUAUAUAUAUCGUAGGUAAUAUAUAAAUAUAUUCGUAUACGUAUAGUAAAUGUAAAUCAUGCUACAAAUUUAAAUGUGCCUUCUGUUAUAUUGUUUUCGUUAUUAAAUUUGUCUUUGAUUUCAUAAAUUACUUAAAAUCCAUUUUUCUUAUAUAUAUAUUUAGCACUAUGUUCUUUUUUACAAAAGCGAUUAUUUUGACUAGAUUGGGCUCUUGAGAACUAUAAUAUAUUAUUGAGAACUAUAAUAUAUAUACACUACUUAUGAGAUAUUCAAGUAAUUAGAGGACAUUUAAUAAGCGCGGCGUGCCUUUUCUUCGAAACAUUCGAAUUGUAUUAACAAUUACUUUUCGAUAUUGCUUUCUUUCCUAUAUAAAACAUGAUUUUAUUCCUAUAUUCGUGAUCGUAGUACAUAGUACAUGAAACGUAUCAUGAAUUGUAAAUACAACGAAAAGCUUAAAUGAGCUCUCUUUGAGUAUAUAUUUAUUAUAAUGAUAUUAUGGGUGUAUUAAAAAAAAAUGCAAACGAGAUUACUUUGUGUAUAAUUCUCGUACAUGUUUAUUUAUAUUAUGUUGAGAUUUUUAUUCUUACAAGCUAUUUCAUGUAAAUGGCUUUACAUGUAUAUUAUACAUAACGGUAAUCAUAUUAGCUAUAAGUGUACGGUAGAAAGAUUGAUGAUACCACCAGAUCUUUUCUUUAGUCAUCGUUAUUAGAUUAGAUUAGUUAAGUCAAUCGAAUAUUACAAAUAUUGUACAUUAGUUCACCAUUCCUGUUUUAUAUAAUAAUGUAAUAAGUGAAUAUACUCCAUUAUCAUA